UCCUUGUAUUAGGCUACCCCACAUGCAAGCAAAGUGCCACCCCAUAUCUCUAUCUCUCGUGAAAUUUGAGGUGGAAACUUGCCACCGAACUCAUAUCCACCCCCACCCCCACUCCAAAAUUACCUGACUCGCAUAUUUACUCUUCAACUCUGUUUAGAUUUUGAUUUGUUCACUCAAUCUUGAACCAAUCUUUUACUAUUACCGUUUUCAGCUCACAUGAUUGGUUCAGCAUUUCUUGUCCUGUUACUGUGAUGCUGGAAAUUAUCACGUGAUUUUUUAUAGCAAAUUGAUUAUUAUAUGUACUACUUCUAAGUUCUAUUGUUGAUCUAAUCUGGGAGUUUAUAGCUGAGUAUAGAGAUCUGGUUUUAUUGGGUCUAUCGUUUUGGUUUUCUUUCUCUGGUGUUGGAAAAUGGGUGGUUCAGAAGAGAGAGUGGUGGCUGUGAUCAUGGUGGGUGGCCCAACUAAAGGGACCAGAUUUAGGCCAUUGUCACUUAAUACUCCAAAGCCCCUUUUCCCAUUGGCUGGACAGCCAAUGGUUAAUCAUCCUAUAUCUGCUUGUAAAAGGAUACCGAACCUAGCACAGAUCUACCUUAUUGGUUUCUAUGAGGAGCGCGAAUUCGCACUGUUCGUCUCUUCGAUAUCUAAUGAGCUCAGAGUUCCUGUCAGAUACUUGAAAGAGGAUAAGCCACAUGGUUCGGCAGGUGGACUUUAUAACUUCAGGGAUCAAAUCAUGGAAGAGAGCCCGUCACACAUCUUUUUGCUGAAUUGUGAUGUUUGCUGCAGUUUUCCUCUUGCAGAGAUGCUAGAGGCUCACAUGAGCUACCGUGGGAUGGGAACCAUUUUGGUGAUCAAGGUUUCGCCGGAGUCAGCAAACCAGUUUGGGGAACUUGUAGCUGAUCCCGUUACAAAUGAAUUGUUGCACUACACAGAGAAGCCUGAAACUUUUGUGAGUGACCGUAUCAACUGUGGGGUUUAUAUAUUUACCCCUGACAUCUUUACCGCCAUUCAAGGCGUGUCCUCCCAAAGAAAAGACCGAGCUACCUUAAGGCGUGUAUCCAGUUUUGAAGCACUUCAACCAGCAAACAGAAGUCUCCCGUCAGAUUUUGUAAGACUGGAUCAGGACAUUCUAUCACCACUUGCUGGAAAAAAACAGUUUUAUGUGUACGAAACCACAGAUUACUGGGAACAAAUCAAAACUCCCGGAAUGUCCCUGAAAUGCUCAGGAUUGUACCUCGCCCAAUUCAGGCGCACCUCACCAGAUCUCUUGGCUAGUGGAGAUGGCACGAAGAAUGCUGCAAUUUCUGGCAACGUUUAUAUUCAUCCAUCAGCAAAAGUCCAUCCAACUGCUAAGAUCGGUCCCAAUGCUUCGAUUUCAGCGAAUGCUAGGAUCGGAGCUGGUGUGAGGCUUGUCAACUGCAUUAUUCUUGAUGAUGUCGAAAUCAAGGAAAACGCGGUGGUGAUUCAUGCGAUCGUUGGAUGGAAAUCUUCGAUCGGAAGGUGGUCAAGAGUCCAGGCCUCGGGAGACCACAACGCGAAGCUUGGGGUCACCAUUCUAGGUGAAUCAGUGACAGUGGAAGAUGAAGUUGUGGUGAUCAACAGCAUUGUUCUUCCAAACAAGACCAUGAAUGUCAGUGUUCAAGAGGAAAUUAUAUUGUGAGAUCUUCUGUCAAAGCUCAUGUAUACUAAUUAUGUGACAUAUUGAAUUUCCAUUUCUAGAUCAAUUAUUCAUAUCUGUUCAUUGACCUCUUAUUGCAAGAAGGUGUAUUUUAUGGUUGGAAUAAAUCGCUUCGUAUGUUACCUUGCA